AUGUCGGGUGCUCGUACCCGCCCUGGGUGCCCUGUAAAAAUAAGGGCCUGGCUGGGUUGUGCCACCGCCAGCCCCGGGAUGCUGCAGAACGCAGCUCUGCAGCAUCUCUUCAUACGGAAAUCCUUCCGCCCCUUCAAAUGCCUGCAGUGCGGAAAGGCCUUCCGGGAAAAGGACAAACUGGAUCAGCACUUGCGCUUCCACGGGCGGGAAGGCAACUGCCCCCUGACCUGCGAUAUCUGCAACAAGGGCUUCAUCAACAGCAGCGCCCUCGAGAGCCACAUGAAGUUCCACAUGGACCAGAAAACCUACUCGUGCAUUUUCUGCCCCGAGUCCUUUGACCGCUUGGAUCUGCUCAAAGACCACGUGGUGGUCCACAUCAACGAUGGCUAUUUCACCUGCCCUACCUGUAAAAAGCGCUUCCCGGACUUUAUCCAGGUGAAGAAACACGUGCGCAGCUUCCAUUCGGAGAAGAUCUACCAGUGCACGGAAUGCGACAAGGCCUUCUGCCGGCCCGACAAGCUGCGGCUGCACAUGCUGCGGCACUCGGACCGCAAAGACUUCCUCUGCUCCACGUGCGGCAAGCAGUUCAAGAGGAAGGACAAGCUGCGCGAGCACAUGCAGAGGAUGCACAACCCAGAAAGGGAGGCCAAGAAAGCCGACCGGAUCAGCCGCUCCAAAACCUUCAAGCCUCGCAUCGCGUCCACGGACUACGAGAGCUUCAUGUUCAAGUGUCGCCUGUGCAUGAUGGGCUUCCGCCGGAGGGGGAUGUUGGUGAAUCAUUUAUCAAAGAGACAUCCAGACAUGAAAAUAGAAGAGGUGCCAGAACUCACGUUGCCUAUCAUCAAGCCCAACAGAGAUUACUUCUGUCAGUACUGUGAUAAGGUGUACAAAAGCGCCAGCAAGCGCAAGGCACACAUCCUGAAGAACCACCCCGGCGCCGAGCUGCCCCCGAGCAUCCGCAAGCUGCGCCCCGCGGGCCCGGGGGAGCCGGACCCCAUGCUCAGCACCCACACGCAGCUCACAGGCACCAUCGCCACCCCUCCGGUCUGCUGCCCUCACUGCUCCAAGCAGUACAGCAGCAAGACCAAAAUGGUACAACACAUCCGCAAGAAGCACCCGGAGUUUGCUCAGCUCCCCAACACCAUCCACGCGCCGCUGGCCACAGCUGUCAUCAGCUCCACUCCUGCUGUUCUAACCACAGACAGCACUACCGGAGAGACUGUUGUGACAACAGAUUUACUGACGCAAGCGAUGACAGAGCUGUCCCAGACCCUCACGACGGACUAUCGAACUCCUCAAGGAGAUUUCCAGCGAAUCCAGUACAUCCCCGUGUCCCAGGCCACGACUGGCCUGCAGCAGCCUCAGCACAUUCAGCUGCAGGUUGUUCAAGUGGCUCAGGCUACCUCACCGCACCAGGCUCAGCACUCCACGGUGGACGUCGGGCAGCUUCACGAUCCCCAGACGUACACCCAGCACGCCAUCCAGGUGCAGCACAUCCAGGUCACGGAGCCAUCCCCGACAACCCAGUCUUCAUCACAGGUAUCCCACUUUUUUUGCACAAGUGUUUUGUCUUGCACAGAGAGCUUUGCGGUUCUUGGGCUCGUUCUACCAAGAAAUCCCCUGUUUUUCCUUGAUAAGGAAGGUAGGAUUAUAACACCAUAGACCCUGAGUCCUACGGGUUCUUCAGUGCAGCACACGUACCUUCCCAGCACGUGGAACUCAUUUCGGAGCUAUUCAUCUGAGAUUCAGAUGAUGGCCAUUCCCCAAGGCCAGUAUGUGAUUGCAGAGACAGCUGUAGGUACUCCUGUCACGACUGUCAACACGGGCCAAGUGAAAGCAGUUACUCAGACUCACUACGUGAUAUCCGAAGGUCAGCCUGAUCUGGAUGCCAAACAAAACUCGGCGCUCUCCGGCGAGGUACAGGUCGGUGUCUCCCAGCCGUCAGGCCACACUGAUACCCUGGAAUCUCAAACGAGCAAUCAGCAGCAAACCACCCAGUACAUAAUCACUACAACCACCAAUGGGAACGGGGGCAGUGAAGUGCACAUCACUAAGCCACGGACUUUCUCAGCAGAGCAUGAAUGAAGAAACCCUGUGGCGUCAUUUGCUCGUACUUUUUGACCUCCCCCAAAAGCCCAAACGUGUGGGUGUCCUGGAGCUCGUGGGAUUUAACGUAUAUGCUCCCUUCAGCUAAAACCUUGGAGCUCUUGUUAAUGCUUUAAGAGGGCUUAAGUCCCCUGUGACAAUGAAGUACCACCCUCAAAAUCCUUCUGGGAUGCCACUUUAUGCAGCUUUUAACAAAAAGGACAAGAAGAGAAAUGGAAUCUCUGCUUGCCCUGGACUUCAUCUUUUUUGGCAUGUCUGCUGUCCCUUAUUUUUCCUUU